CCUAAAGUUUGCAGUUAAUAGGUAUCGAGCGCAAUGGAGCUUGCCGUUGCCAUCGUCCUCUUGGCCGCCCUCGUGGCCUCGUCCCACGCUCCUUCGCGCGUGGAAGGGUCCCCAUUCCCGGUCCCCAUCCACCUGCUGCGCCCCUUGUCCGGCUCCGGCGGGCGCCCGCUGAUCGGCGUGUCAUGCGUGAGUUGGCGCGUCGGGGUGGAAGCCAACAACGUGCGGGGUUGGAAGACCAUCCCCCGCACGUGCGAGGGGUACGUGGGCCACUACAUGCUCGGCGAUCUCUAUCGCCAGGACUCGGCACUCGUCACCGCCGAGGCCGCGAACUACGCCGAGGGCCUCAACCUCCAAGGCGACAGGAAGGACGUCUGGGUCUUCGACAUCGAUGAGACCACUCUCUCCAAUCUCCCUUAUUACGCUCACCAUGGCUUUGGGGUCGAACCGUAUAAUGCCACAUCAUUCAAUGCAUGGGUGAUGAAGGGGGAAGCACCUGCUCUACCAAAAAGUUUGGAGCUAUAUAAGAGAUUAUUAUCUCUGGGCAUCAAAAUUGUAUUUUUGACGGGUAGAACCGAGGAUAAAAGGAACAUCACGGCUCAUAAUCUCAAGAUGGUCGGAUAUCACACAUGGGAAAAGCUCCUGCUAAAGUAUGAGCACUUUUUUUUGUGA